UGGCCUUAAACCUCAUAUCGGCCGCAGUCCAUUAGGGUUUUGAGCUCUGAACCUCAAAGUUCAAGCCUAAGCCCAUCUUCUUCUCCUUCUCCCUCCAGAAAACUUUCUUGAAUUACGAUUAAAAAAAUAAUCAUAAACGAUAAAGUAUAAACCCUAAACCCUGCUUUAGAUACAGAGGUUUUUAUUUCACCAUUGGUUUGCGACGUCAGUUGUUCUAAAAAGUUUUUCCGAUGGUGCUUUGCAUGUGAUUGACAGUUCUUGGUGGGAAUUAGGAAAAUCUGUUGUCAGAAGAAGGUUCCUUCGAGGCAAUACAGAUGACACCUUCAAAGCUUUACAAAUAACGCCUUUGAGGGUGCUCACUAUGGACGCCCUAACUAGUCAUAAUGAGAUAGCUGAUUCAGAGGCACAACCGAAUAAGCGCAGGCGGAAGAAGUCCAUAGUUUGGGAACAUUUCACAAUUGAAACAAUUGAUGCGGACUGUACCAGGGCUUGUUGUAAGCAGUGCAAAAAGUCCUUUGCGUAUAUUAGUGGCUCAAAGUUAGCAGGCACCAGCCAUCUCAAACGACAUAUUGCCUUGGGUAUUUGCCCGGUGAAUCGAAUCAACCAGGAGAAGAAUCAAACCCCAUAUAACCCAGCUGUGCAAACUAAUGGUUCUGCAAGUGCUACUCUUAAAUCAAGAAAGCGCUACAGAGCUACUCCAGGACCAACAAGUAUCCCAUUUGAUCAGACACGUUGCUGCUAUGAGAUUGCAAAAAUGAUAAUUCAGCAUGACUACCCACUUGAGAUGGUGGAACACUCAGGAUUUAAUAAGUUUGUUCGAAGUCUUCAGCCGUUAUUUAGUUCAGUGAGUGUCAAUACCAUCCAAGACCACAUUUUUAACAUUUACCUGAGAGAAAAGCAAAGCCUUCUGAACAUUAUUAGUGCAAUUCCUGGACAUGUUAGCCUGACACUGGAUUUAAGAACUUCAGAUCAGAGUUUAGGCUAUGUCUUCUUAACAGGAUAUUUUGUUGACUGUGAUUGGAAAUUGCAGCGGCGACUUCUCAAUGUUAUCAUGAUACCUUUUCCUGAUUCAGAAGUUGCCUUCAAUCAUGCUGUUGCCGCAUGUUUGACAGAUUGGUGUUUAGAGUCUAAGCUAUUCACUCUCACUCUGGAUCGAUCCUUCGCAAAUGACAAUGUUAGAAAAAACCUAGGACAUCUACUGUCGAUCAAGGGUGGAAAUAUUCUCAAUGGUCAGCUAAUAAUUGGUAGUUGUUGUGCUCAUGUUCUGAGCCAUCUUGCACAGGAUGUGUUAGAUUCCAUGAGAGCAAUUGUUGAGAAGGUCCGCCAAAGUGUUAAGUUUGUUAAAACUGCAGAUGCCCACGAAGAAAAGUUUCUAGAGCUGAAGAGACAACUUCAAGUUCCCAGUGCAAAGGAACUUAUUGUUGAUGACCAAACAAAAUGGGAUACCACAUAUCAAAUGCUGAUGAACGCUUCUGAGCUGAAACAAGUAUUUUCUUGCUUGGAUACUUCUGAUCCUGAUUAUAAGGUGACUCCUACAAUGGCUGAGUGGAAGCAGGUUGAAAUUCUCUGUGCAUACCUGAAGCUUUUCUUUGAUGCAGCCAACAUUUUAACUUCCUCGACAUACGCAACGGCUGAUGUGUUAUUUCAUGAAGUGUGGAAAAUUCAGCUCGACCUGAUGCUGGCAGCCCAUAGCCAGGAUCAUUUCGUAAGCAAUUUGACUAAACCAUUGCAGGAGAAGUUUGACAAAUACUGGAAUGAUUGCAACCUGGUUUUAGCAGUUGCUGUUGUUAUGGAUCCUAGGUUCAAGAUGAAGAUAGUCGAGUUCACCUUUAACAAGAUCUAUGGUGAAGAAGCUGAAACUUGGAUCAAGAUUGUUGAUGAGGGAGUGCACGAAGUGUUUUGUGAUUACAUCGUGCAAUCACUUCCUCCGCCUCCGCCUAAUUUUGUGGAUGAAGCAAAUGAGAAUAUUAUAAAAUCAGAGUUCUGUCAGGAAGAUAGUUUCCUUCCUAAUGGUGAUACAUUUGCAGAUUUUGAUGUCUAUCUCCAUGACAUUAUGAACAAUCAGCAGAUGAAAACAGAGUUAGAUCAGUAUCUUGAAGAAUCUCUCAUGCCCCGUUCACAAGAUUUUGAUGUUUUGGGUUGGUGGAGAAUAAACAGAUCCAAGUACCCCACUCUCUCCAAAAUGGCAUCUGAUAUUUUAUCCAUCCCUGUCUGCACAGUUACUCCAGAUUCUGUAUUCGACACUACACCGCGAAAUUUGGACAGCCACCGUAGUUCUUUGAGACCCAUAACUCUUGAGGCUCUCAGUUGUGCAAAGGAUUGGCUCCAAUAUGAAUCUUGGGAGCUCCCAUCCGGAGUGCCAGCAUCAAUGGUUAAAAUGGAGUAUUAGCUUUGUUAGUAAAGAUUUUUUUCUUUUAGUUUCUUUUUUGUUUUCUUUUGCUCCGCCUUUAUAUAACAUUUAUGUGCACACAAGCUUAUAGGUCAAUGAAAUUCAUAUUCUUUCACCAA